AAACCGACCGGCUGAUGUAAUCCCCGUUUGAUAAAUUUCUUACUUGUUUCAUAAUUCAUUGAAUUCGAAGCCUUGUCCUAAAAAAUCCUAUUAUCUAUCUAUUCGUUUCGACUCUCCGCAAUUGUGGUCUGAACAGUGAACGCGUAUCUCAUUUCCAUCGAAGGCGCUCUUGACUAAACGCAGGGGAGUUUGAGCAUAGCGCGGUCUUUGAGCGAAUUGGUGUAUGACCUUGUGAAUCGGGCCCGGACCAAUGAUUCCUAAUGAUUCCGACUCAUUUCCCUCUUCUGCAACGAUUACUACAACAAAAGCGUUGUAAUUAUGUCCGUCGAGCUGCCUUUUCAAAUCUCCAUUCCAGAUUCCAAACUAGACCUACUGCGUCAAAAACUUGCAUUGACCGAGUUUCCUGACGAACUGGAGAAUACUGGUUGGAAUUAUGGUGCGCCUUUGUCAGACAUCAAGCGGCUAGUUGCUCGUUGGAAAGACGUAUAUGAUUGGAAGUUAGAAGAAGCCAAAUUGAACCAGGAUUUGCCUCAAUUCACCAAGGAUAUCCUCGUGAAUGGUUUUGAGACUCUUAACAUCCAUUAUGUGCACCAGAAAAGUUCCCUCGCUAAUGCUAUUCCUUUGCUAUUCGUGCACGGAUGGCCUGGAAGCUUUAUCGAAGUCCGCAAGAUUCUGCCUCUGCUGGUGCAGUCUUCCCCACAAUUUCCCGCUUUCCAUGUCGUCGCCCUCAGCUUGCCUGGAUUUGGCUUUUCCGAAGGUGCCCAUAAGCCGGGGUUCGCUCCUGAACAAUAUGCAGAGGUUGCGCAUAAGCUCAUGCUUAGCCUUGGUUACCAUGAAUACGUUACACAAGGAGGAGACUGGGGUUAUCUUAUAACACGAAUCAUUGCUCAUAAAUAUGGCGGAAAGCACAGCAAAGCCUGGCACACAAACUUCCCACUUGCUACUCCGCUGAAUUUCAGUGUGAAUCCAAUCCUCUUUCUGCAACAUCUUUUUACUCCCUACACUGCCGCAGAGAAAGCGGGUAUCGAAAGGUCAAAGCGUUUCGAAAAAGAGGGUCAAGGGUAUUUCCAUGAACAAUCAACUAAGCCUCAAACCUUGGGAUACUCGCUUGCUGAUUCGCCUGUUGGACUGCUCGCCUGGAUAUACGAGAAGCUGGCGACUUGGACCGAUUCAUACCCUUGGACAGAUGACGAGGUUUUGACGUGGGUCACAAUUUUUUACUUCUCCCGCGCUGGUCCUGCCGCAUCGAUACGCAUUUACUAUGAAUUCAUUCAUUCCGCAAACGGUUCGCAGCCCUCGUCGUUCAAACCCACGAUUCCGUUAGGUGUUUCUCAUUUCCCGGAAGAGCUUCGUAUCACUCCCAGGAAAUUUGUACACAGCGUUGGGAAUCUCGUCUUUCAAGUGGAACACUCUACUGGUGGUCAUUUCGCUGCUUAUGAAUGUCCAGAUGAACUGGUAGACGAUUUGAGGGAGAUGUUUGGAAAGCAAGGUCCUGCGUUUGGAGUUGUACCAGGUAAAACCGGUUACGAACAGAGGAUCAGGGCGAAUUUGUAGAUUCUUUUUUAUCUACGAAGUAAAGAAAUGUAUCAUAGUCUGUGACACUUAGACUAUUGCAAAAUCUGUAUUCUCGGGCUAUAGUAAUUGUCUGAGAGCAGCUGAGAUUGCUUUCCAGCAGCCGGAGCACUCUCCAGCUAGUACCCUUG